AUGCCGGGUGAGCGAUUAGCCCGGAGUAGAUUCCCAACAAAGGAACGCGCGUGCUGGGUUGGGCGCUUCGAGAGUUUCAUCUUGUCUUCAUCUGGUCGUCAUCUUAUCAUCGGCCCGACCCGGGGCAACUUCCCCGAUGGCAAGACGCCCAGCGACAAGUCCCAGGAAGGUAAUGUGCGGCGAACAACCCUUCAAAACCGCUGUGUGGGUCACUCAAACCCAGCUUCUCCAGACUACCCCGCAAAUGAGCGUGAAGUAUGGGGGUUGGCUGUUGUAGAUGACGAUGGCUCGUGGAUCAGCCGCGUUGGAGUAUAA